GCUGCGUUCCCACCGGGCCGCCUCCAUCCUCAGUUCCUGCCUCCCGCUGACUCAAGCCCAGGAAGUAAUACCCAUCACACGGACACCCGAAAAUCCGAGAACAGGACAGAACAUGACCCUAAGAGCAGGAGGAACCUUGGAAAAGGUUGUCCUGUGCAGCUGGUUCCGAGGGACAGUAACUGAUGUGACAAAGCGGAUCUUUGUCUAUUACUUACCUCCACUUACUCAAGGGCAAGUUAAUGGACCUUCCUAUACUGGGCGAGAGACGGCGGGCCCAGACUGCUCCCUUCACAUCCGUAAUUUAACAUUAAAUGACUCUGGAAACUAUACUUUGUCAAAAGUUGGAGCUGUGACUGCAGUUGGCCACGUGACCAUAGAGUUCUCAGUUCCUGUUCAGGAUAACUCUUCUUCCCACCCUGUAUUGGUGAUCAUCGUGUCCUUGGCUGCCACACUGGCUUUGAUUGGAUCCCUGCAUUGCUUCUUUCUCUGUGCCCGUUGCCAAAAGAAGAGAAUGUCUACCCAGGCCAACACCGUGGCUUCACUUUAUGAGAAUGUUCCUGCUUCUAGACAGGUCAAGAAAGGGAACUCCUCUGAGGCCAGCAACAUAUACGAGACUCUGCAGCCAGGAGGCGAAAAUGUGUACAAUGAGCUGAAGAGCUAAUGCAGGAAUCCCUCCAACCACUGGCGCGACUCCUAACUCUGAAUCCUAAUUUAACUCAAGACUUCAGGGGAGCGUGGUUUCCUUGCUUGCAUUUCUGUUUCUUUUUGGCCAUGUGAAAAGUUCUAUAGAUUUCCAUAGAUAUUUUUGUAAAUAUUAAAUUUUCAAGAGACCUUUCCCACUGAAUAAAGCAUCUUGGUAAGGAUUUUCCAAACGGGCA